AUGCCUGGACAAAACGACUUUUUAGUUCAGAUUCCCGACCAGGAAAACGCGCUGCAGAAGAGGAUGGCAAACAUCGGUGCCCACCUCGCGCACAACAAGCCGCUGCUCGAGCAAGGAACACUCAUCCUCUCCGGCCCUACUCUCACCAGGCACCCCGACACGCCGGCCGAAGGACUAUCGAUCACGGGCAGCGUGCUGAUCCUCCGAACCGGCACCGAGGAGGAGGUGCGACGGAUGCUCGCCAAAGACCCCCUAGCCAAGGUGGGCGUCUGGAACAUGGACAGGGUGACGGUCACGCCGUAUCGGUGCGGGCUCUGGAGGCCGUAUUAA